CGCAGCACCGAGAGCGCCUCGGCGCGGGGCGGCCGGACGGGACCGGACCGGACCGCGAGGAUUUGUUUGACCUGCGUUGUGCUUUACUACAGUGAAGAAUAUUUUUCGCUUCAAGACACUUUGCAUUGAAGGAUCAUGGUAGACAGUUUAAUAGUUUCUUUGAGACUUCUCAGUUCAUUAGCAGUGCUGGGAUUUCAGUUUGUCAUCCCACAGCCUUCAAUUGAACACAGAAAGGUUCCCCAGAGGAUAGAAGAGCAAAGAGAUGCAUCUGAAGAUAGCGGUGCGGGAAUCCCAGGCAUGUGGGGCAGCUGGGGCCCCUGGUCUGCCUGUUCCAGGAGCUGCAGUGGCGGUGUGAUGGAGCAAACGAGGCCGUGCCUCCCGGCGUACUACCGUGAAAGGGGCUACCAGAGGCCGGGGCGGCCAUAUGCGGCCUCGGAGAGAACUCUUGCUCACCAGAGCUCCCGCCAUCAGGACUCACUGACUGCUUACCCAGGCCACGUCAUUUCUGCCAUCCGUACAUCUGUGCCGCUUCACAGGAAUGAAGAGCAGCUCCGGGCCGGCCUGCGGGCUUCUGCUGCUUCUGAAGGCCAUAACAACAGCCACAUGAGCCGAGGAGCUCCCAGAGGCAGCCGGCACUCUCAGUCCCAGAGGCAUCACCCCAAGGCAGAAAAGAGAAGCAGAAAUAGAAAUCCUAUUGGUCCAGGAAAAUAUGGAUAUGGAAAAGUGCCAUACAUUUUACCUUUACAAACUGAUACUGGUCAGCAGCCUCAGAAACUUCGAAGGCAGCGUCAGUCAUCAAGGAACAACGUAUUUCAUCAGAGUCCAAGUCUCAUAAAUACUUACAGCCAGCCAGCCAGCCCUUCGCUCCAACAUGGGAACCUUUAUCAAGAAGAAGGUGGGCCUCAGGCUGGUCACCAGGUCCUGGGACCUUCAGUUUAUCAGUCAUCUUCAUUUCCUGUAUCUCAGAACUUGUUUCAUAGCAGUGACUCCACUCUUCAUGGGUCUGCAUCACACCUGAUGGUCCAGGGUCAGCCCCAGCCUCAAAGGGCUGCAGCUAUUGUAUGUGUUGGCACCUACAAGCAAUAUAAACUCUGCAACACAAACACGUGUCCUGAAAGCAGUAGAAGUAUCAGAGAAGUGCAGUGUGCAUCAUACAAUAACAAGCCAUUUAUGGGACGAUUUUAUGAAUGGGAACCUUUUGCAGAAGUGAAGGGAAGUCAGAAGUGUGAGCUGAAUUGCCGUGCUAUAGGCUACCGAUUCUAUGUGAGACAAGCUGAAAAGGUGAUAGAUGGGACACCGUGCGACCAAAACGGAACUUCAAUCUGCGUGGCAGGGCAGUGUAAGAGCAUUGGCUGUGACGACUAUCUGGGUUCAGACAAGGUGAUUGACAAGUGUGGAAUAUGCGGAGGGGACAACACUGCUUGCAAGGUUGUUUCUGGAGUUUUCAAACACACACUAACAAAUCUCGGCUAUCACAAGAUAGUGGAAAUUCCUGAAGGAGCUACUAAAAUUAACAUUACUGAGAUGUCAAAGAGCAACAACUAUUUGGCCUUGCGGAGUCGAUCAGGGCGGUCCAUCAUCAAUGGAAACUGGGCAAUUGAUCGACCUGGAAGAUACGAAGGUGGUGGGACAAUGUUCACUUAUAAGCGCCCAAAUGAAAUAUCCAGCACUGCAGGAGAGUCCUUUUUAGCUGAUGGUCCAACAAACGAAGUCCUCGAUGUCUAUAUGAUACACCAGCAGCCUAACCCAGGUAUACAUUAUGAGUAUAUCAUUCCAGGAGACAAUGUCAUCAGUCCUCAGUUGCUUGCUCACAGGAGGCCAGGGGAGCCCUUGAAUGGUCAGUUAGAAAUGCCUGAAAGUACAAAUCACAAUGAGGAGGAUUUGCACAGGGAGACAGACACUAUCACUGGACAGUCAGUUGGAACUUUCCCAGUUAUUCAGCCAGGAAGAUUUCCUUCUCAUCAGCCAGAAAACCAGGUGCCUGCUGUGCAGCUAUCAAGACAAAACCGAGAAUACAACUGGAAACAGAUUGGAAAAACUGAGUGUACCACUACAUGUGGGAAAGGGUCCCAGUACCCAGUUUUCCACUGUGUCAACAGAGUCACACAUGAGGAAGUUCCUGAGAAUUACUGUGACAGCAGCACCAAACCUAUUCCAGAAGAGGAGGCCUGCAACAUUUUCCCAUGUCCAGCUUUUUGGGACAUAGGGGAGUGGUCUGAGUGCAGCAAAACAUGCGGCCUUGGCAUGCAGCAUCGACAGAUCUUAUGUAGGCAAAUAUAUGCCAACCGUACCUUGACAGUUCAGCAGUACCGCUGCCAUCACCUGGAGAAACCAGAGACCACCAGCACUUGCCAGCUGAAGAUCUGCAGUGAGUGGCAGAUUAGGACAGAGUGGACUUCAUGUUCAGUACCUUGUGGAGUGGGGCAGAGGACUCGAGAUGUGAAAUGUGUCAGCAACCUUGGAGACGUUGUUGAUGAUGAGGAGUGUAACAUGAAGCUGCGGCCAAAUGAUAUUGAGAACUGUGACAUGGGACCUUGUGCUAAGAGCUGGUUUCUUACAGAAUGGAGCGACAGGUGUUCUGCAGAAUGUGGUGAUGGGAUCCGCACACGUUCAGUGGUGUGUAUGACCAAUCAUGUCAGCAGUUUGCCUCUGGAAGGCUGUGGCAAUAACAGACCCUCUGAAACAACUCCCUGUAAUAAUGGGCCCUGUGCUGGUAAAGUGGAGUGGUUUGCUGGGAGCUGGUCACAGUGCUCUACUGAAUGUGGUGGUGGAACUCAACAGAGGGAAAUCAUUUGUGUCAGGAAAACUGAAGGCAAUUUUGAUGUUCUGAACCCCUAUGAAUGCUCAUAUUUGGAAAGACCUCCCAGCCAGCAAUCCUGCUACCUCAAACCCUGUGGAUCUAAAUGGUUUCAUACAGAAUGGAGCACAUGUUCCAAGUCCUGUGAAGGAGGAUUUAGAGUUCGAGAGGUACGAUGUCUAUCGGAUGACAUGACAACCAGUACUCAGUGUGAUCCACAACUUAAACCUGAAGAAAAAGAGCCAUGUAACACACAGGACUGUAUCCCUGAAAUAGAUGAGAACUGCAAAGAUAAAUACUACAAUUGCAAUGUGGUGGUUCAGGCCCGGCUUUGUGUCUACACCUAUUACAAAACAGCCUGUUGUGCAUCCUGUACACGUGUGGCAAAUAGACAGUCUGGGUUUCUAGGACACAGAUAACAAAUACUCUUCUACUCGAAGCAGCAAUGUCAGUCUUCAGAUGAAGCUUGAACAGUGUUACUAUUUUGACUAGAGCAGGUUUUAGCUUCUUAAAGAGGUGGUUUUUAUACUGCUGUGUACGUCAAGAUGCCACAUCCUUUCAAUUACAUUUAUUGUGCAGUUGUAUCUUUCUACAAAUGUUGUAAAACCGUGAUCUUUUUAAAGCAUUGAUUUGUAUUGAUAAUAUUCUUUGCACCUCCUCAUUGAAUAACUAUUUAAAGAACAUACCAGCCUUACUAUUAUAAAAUUGAUGUUUAAAAAAAAAAUCAGAGCUAGGCAAUUACUGCAGACGUUUAACCAGUAUGGGUGUGACUGCUAUGUUAUUUUCUGAGCGCUCACUCUUACUUGGGUGUUUUGAACUGCCUUAAAGUAGUAGAUCAAAUCAAUGAAAUGUGCACAUGAGAAGAAUUAUUUUACCAAGAACCACCCCUUGGAGACCCAUUCAUGUUCAGUUUUUUAACACUCAAAUGUAUAUUUUUAAUUUUUAAACUUCAGUCCAUUCAUAGUAGUAAUGGUUAUAUCUUUCACUUAUACUGUUAGCUAACUUCCUGUCCUCAGGCAGCAAAUAUAUACACGUUUGCCUGCCAAAAAGUGCCUUUAUAUUUAAUUCAUAAACCUUUAGAGUUAUACUUUCCUAAUUUUGUAUAUAUUUUAAAAUGUUACCUACCAGAGUGCCUCUAGCCCAUUAAGUCUUUACCAGCUGCAGCCAUCAGUGGGAUUUACCAGAAAGGCAAGGAGCCUUUGCUGGUGUUUAAAAAAAAUAUAUUUCCAUUGGCAAGGUCUCUUUCCCUGAGGGCAGUUUUUCAGUGAACUGAUACCUUGCCUAACGUCUUGUCUCUGCACUACUGCUUAACUAGUACCAUGCAAAAAUACCAUGCUUGGAUGUUGUCUGCAUAUCAGAGCCUUCUGAAGCAACCACCAACAGAUGCACACUUCUGUGCUUUAUAGUAGUCUGCUGCUCUUGGUAUCAGUAGGCUCUGUAAGUGUGGUAGCUGAGUAUUUGUAAAAAGAUCUCAACCGUUGGUGUUUUUCAGGUUUUGAUCAGUUAUUACAACAUACUUGUCUUUUUUAGUCAAUGUUUCAUUCAUUAGGUCUGUUCAUACCACUCUCUUUAUACCACUCAAGAAUGGCUCCGCUUGCAUGCUGAGCAUCUGUUAGUAAAGUUUAGCUUGCAUUGAAGUUGGGAUAGGCAGUAAGACUAUGAUUCAAUGAAUUUAUGUGAUGAUUUUUCAUUUCUGUAAAGACUGUACUCAGCCUUGUAACUUGGUAAAGGUAAGUAGAAUGUGCUGUGCAAUGCAGAUGAAAACUUUCACGUUAUCUGCACAUUCUCUAGCUUUUACCUCUGAGGUCAUUCAAAUGUGUAAAUAAGGCUGAGGGAAGAAAUUAACAUCUCUGCUCAUUCAACAGGUUACGGCUUUCAAAAUAGUGAUAUGUAGCUGCACAUCUAUUUUAAGGUGCCUGCGGCCUGAAUGGAAGAACAGUUUUAAUAAUGUGACAAGCCUUUCCCAGUGAUGUGAUAGUACAGUGAUGAGGGGGUCCUGCUACUGAUUAAGAGGCGUAUUUGAACCUCAUUUAGGAUUUGUAUCAGAUCCCAUCCUAGAUCAUCCACCUGUAAAUAUGCAUCUGUUUUUAUUCUUACCACUUGAGUGGAGAUGAUGUGGAAGAAUAGGCGCUGAGAGGCAAAGGUUACUGCUGUGCUACAAGUCACACCAGCUCAUGUGCUGGAAACUGAGCACAGGAAGGUAGAACUCCUCUAGUCUAAAAGCUGCAUCAGACUGAGACAAACCAUAGAUAUUUUGAUUCAGUCUUAUGAAGAAUGUAUUCCAGUCACAAUGAAGUAUUAAGAAGUGUUUCCCCUGAACUUUGAAGUUACUGUUUGUGAUUAUGAACCAUUAAGGUCAUUGGAUGUUUCUGUAUGGCCAUGUCUUUGGGUUUUCCACUAUAAUUAGUUGACAUAAAGCCUCUAGAAACAGAUGUGCUAAUUAGAAAACUUUUAAUAUGAUCUCACAAAGCUUUUGCAGUUCUGUUUCCUUGUAUUAUGAAAAUCUAUCCAUGAGGAUAACUGAAAGAUUUGUGAUCAUAUUAUAUUCAUUAGAUUCUUGACCAAAGACUGAAAUAGAGAAAGUGCCGUAUAAUAGUUCUAGAAUCCAGUAUUUGUAAAUAUAGCUUUUCACCUCAUCGUUUCGUUGCAGCAGAUCUUGACAUGCAGUAUAUAAUUUUUGCUGUUAUCUCUUUUGUGUCAAGGAAUUGUAUCCUGUCAGCUUGAGGAAAAUCUUUGUUCCAUAAAAAUAAUUACUGAAAACCACAAUGAGAAUGAAAUACGUAGGAAGAAAUCAGGUUUGCAAACGAUUCAUAGAAAAUAAUCUGCUUGCACAAACUCUUGGCUGUGAGAAGGCAAGUCACGAAGCAGGCAGGUGAUCCUGGCCUUUCAUAAAAUCUGUUGUUAUGCUCUGGAAUAUGUGACUGACCAUUGGAUUAUUUUACAAGGAUUAUCAUCAUGUAGGCAUCAUUAAGCUGCCACUAAAGUAAACAGCGAAUGGGAGCUAAGUAUCAAAGAACAUAUCUGUAGUGAUAUAAUCCUGUAUUACUCCUAAGCUGUAGAGCUUUGUGAAUUGAAUGCAGUGAAUUAUGUUUAUACAAAUUAUACAUGAGUGGGCUGCUUUUUUUUUUUGUAGUUAAAGGACAGAUUUCAGGUGUGCCAGUUAAAAAAGAUUGCCUCACCUAAUUGAACAUCUGGUGAUAUGGAAACUGCUAAAAUCUUGCUUAACUUGAUCAUUUAUCAUCUCUUCUCAGGUUUCAGUAUAAUCAAAAUACUUUUUCCUAAAAUACAAACUAUCAAACUCUUCUUUCAGCAGUCUGGUGUAGAACUAAUAUUACCUACACAAAGCAAGUGCUAUGCUAAUAUUCCACUGUCACAAAAAGUGCGUUUUUGAAAUUGUGACUAUAGCAUUUGCUUUAAUAGAGCGGUGUGUUGUCUUAGGAUGAUGCCCACAGGGGCCUGAUGUGUCUUUCAUGAUUUUACCAUAAACGACAGUUGACCUUCAUGGAUGCAGUAAAGUUAGAUCAAGUUUAAAACAAAUACAGUAAAAAUUGAUUCAGGUUUCUGUUGUUUAUAUUUCCUUUUACUGGUAUUUUAAAAUCAAUCAAAAUCCUUCACGAAAAAAAAUUGAAAAAACGCUUCCUUACUUUACAGAUUUUUACUUUCUACAAUCCAUGAAGACCAGAGUAAGUGUUGGGUUUUUGAUUAGUAUAGAGUUUAAUCAGCAUAACUGUUUGUAAGGAAAAAAAGAGGCAUACUGCUUUCAUAUCUUCCAGACACGCAGCUGGACAGAAUCAGCUCCAGGUAGAGCAAGUUCUGUGUCUCAAGCACUCUCUUCCUAGAAUUGAGGACUGUUUGUGCAGUUGUUUAUUGUUAUCAGGGGUCCAUUGUGGUUUGUUACCUUCUACUCAGUGCCAGGUCUAAGCAUGUGCAAGUGGAAUUGGUUGUGUAUAGCACUUGCAUGCUACAUUUGACAACGCUUACUUGCAGGGUUGAAUUUAUGGAGUUCUUCCUCUCGUUAGCUGAGAAACUGAGAUGGUGUGUAGUGUGGAAGCGUGAGGUUUGCUCCUGUGGGAAUGACCCUGUGUCUGGCAGUAGAGCCCUGGGAAGUGCAGAGUGAAAGAUGUGAGUGUUCUUGCAAGCCAGUUACCCUUAAAGUGUUUUUGCUCUCUGACUUAAUGUAAGACUACCCCAGUAUUCCUGAACAGGGAACUGGUGUCUUCCUCAUUACAUACAUAAUUUUCUUUUUUUCCCCAAUGCUUAGGUGAAUCAGAAAAUUGAGAACUUUAUGAAUGAAGCAGUGCUUAACAUCAAUGUUGUAGGUUAGAUCUGACUUUUAUCAGAAUAUGGUGCAGUUCAGAGUUGGUUCAUUCGUAAAGAAAAAGCAGAAUGUGUUCAGAACAUGAGUUAAUGACAUGUUAAUGCAAAGAGGGAUUCUAGGAGAACCUAGACUUGAUAAAAGUGGCCAGUGUAGCCCUGACUUCAGUAAGUACAUGAAAUUUAUAGAACAGAAGACCAUAUGGGGCAGCAAUAUUGGCAGAACUGUGCUGCUUACUUUACGUAUGUCUGAGUCCUACGCGGGUUGCUCUGAAAGUAAUGCCUCCUAUAUAUUUUAAUGGAAACUACAACAGUUACAAAGAACCAUAAUAACUAACUGAUAGAGCAUAUUAUUAGCUACAAAACACUCCUGUUCAGCACAGUAACCAUCAUUAGCCAAUUCAUGUGGAUGAGCUGAUGGAGAAGCUCUUUGUUUUGUGGUGUGACAACUGUGCAUGGCCAUCCAGAAAAUGGCUUGUCUUUCAGGUCACUGUCUCCACUGCUGAAAAGUACCACCCACCACCUCACUAUGCUCACGUCCACUGUUUGGUCUCCAUAAACAUUCAGC